AUGAAAUUCGCUGAACAUCUGCGUGAGUCUGCAGUACCAGAGUGGAUCGACAAAUAUAUCGACUACAAGGCCGGCAAGAAAAAACUGAAAGCCUACCAUGGGAAUAUAGCAACCAGUGCAGCGCUCUCCAAUAAUGUGGCUGGUAGCAUCUCCAUUGAAGAGUCAUUGCCAUCUCAGGAAGAUGAAAGUAGUCCACGCUAUCGAACGCAAAGCUCAUACUCAGUGGGCCAGAAGCGAUUGGUCAUUGAUUUCGUGGAACGCUGGGUCAUCGAACAGGAAGUGGAAAAAUGUAACGAUUUCUACUUGUGGGAAUUGGAUCGCUGCGGGAAAAGGUUUGCUGUCCUUCAACAACAAAUGCAUCGCUACGAGAUCCACAAAGAGCAGGUGGCCUUUGAUCGUGGCGGCCAGAAUAUAGCGGCUUCUAAAUCCUAUGGUUCUCUAAAAGUCGACAGCAUUAGUCCAUCGCCUCCGACUUACCACAGCAAUUCGUGGACUUCUAAAGUAGAGAACAUGCUGCGUGACAAUGAGUUGAUGCCAUCGCUACCAAGUGGUAUACCUUUGAAACGUCUUAUGGGUCGGUCAUCGGGCCAGGAUUUUGCGUCUACCAUCGGUCGCGGCGAAACCUUCACUCCCAUCGCCUUGAGCGCCGGUCAAAUUCAGCAGCGUCUCUCCGAUGCGCUAAUUGAAGAAUAUCUCUUGAUCCAGCUCAUUAAAAACUACAGAGAGGUUAACGUUACGGGCUUCCGAAAGAUAGUCAAAAAGUUCGAUAAGACUUGCGGCACAAAAGAACUGCCCCAUUUUAUGGAGUAUGCGAAAAAUAAGUACCCACUUUUCCAGGAUGCAGAGGCUAAUGCCAAGGCCGUAGCCCAAGCUUUGCGUAACUCCGUCAUGUUGCGUCUACCGUCGAAACUACCUCCAGACAUAGAACCGACAGAUCCACUCAUGGCGUGGGAGCGCCAAUUGACUAGUUGGUACACUGAUACUUUGGCGCUAUCAUCCAAGGACCGUAAGCAAAAAUCAGCGAGAUUGAAGAACAUUUCGUUGGAAUACUCUUUAAGCGAGCGAAAGGUCCACCGCUUCAACAGAUCGACCCUUCAAAUGUUUGUUGGUGGCUUUUUAUUGGGUGCUUCUCUGGCGCUAAUUGGCUACACGUUGUUCGUUGGGUUCUCUGCUUCGCCUCUCUCAGUUACUCACAAAAUUUUGUUGCCUCUGUGGGGAGGCUGGUAUAUGGUCUUCCUUAUGGCUCUCUUCUUUUCAUUGGACUGUUUUGUCUGGCAUAAAAACAACAUCAACUACAGAUUCAUCAUGUUUGGUGAGAUGCAAUCUCGACAUGGUGCCGUGCUCUACAAUAAUGAUUUUUCAACGACCAAAAUUCCUCUUUUGUUUUACUUCACCUGUGUUCUUUUGAUACCUUUGGCGAUUUUAAGCACAUUGAGUUUUCACGCUGAGCGCUUGGGACCCUAUUCGAUCAUAUGGAUUGUAACGCUAGUCGUUCUUUAUUUGAUGCCUUUUCUAGGCAAGAAACCGCUGGGCAAUAUUCCAUAUUGGAACAAACUAAACCAAUCUGUAAAAUGGGUACUUGUUACAUUCGUGAGGUUGGUAUUCUCUGGAUUCUACCCGGUCCAGUUUGGAGAUUUCUUUCUGGGUGAUAUUCUGGCCUCGCUAACAUACUCUAUGGGAGACGUUGCACUUUUUUUCUGCAUCUAUUCAAGUACUCCUAACGGAUUGUGUGGCUCGUCGCAUUCGAAACCAAUGGGAGCUAUGAGCUGUCUACCUAACUUUUGGAGAUUCAUGCAGUGCUUAAGGCGUUUUUCAGACUCGGGGGACUGGUUCCCUCAUUUGUUGAACGCCAUUAAGUAUGCUAUAGGUGUUUGCUAUUAUGCGUCACUCUGCGUGUAUCGGAUCUCGCGCACUACUUCAAAGAAAAACAUCUUCAUCGUAUUCGCAACAUUGAACGCUAGUUUAACCUCUGUGUGGGAUAUUGUUAUGGAUUGGUCUCUAUUACAACCCAAGUCACGCAAUUGGCUUCUCAGAGAUGAUCUAUAUCUUGCAGGACGCAAGAACUGGAAGACAGGAGCGUAUCGGAAAAGAAGAAAGUUGGUGUAUUAUGCGGCCAUGGUGCUCGACGUUCUCAUAAGGUUUGAAUGGAUCGUAUACGCUGUGGCGCCUACAACAAUCAACCAGAGUGCAAUCACGUCGUUUAUCCUAGCUGUUCUUGAGGUAAUUCGUCGAUUUGUGUGGCUAGUGUUUCGUGUUGAGAACGAACACGUCGCCAAUGUUCACCUUUUCAAGGUAUCGGGUGAAGUAUCUUUGCCAUUCCCCACUUCUGCGGCAGAUGAAUCGGAAAGCGAAGAGUCUAUUACAAGUGGAAGGUACUCUCUAUCAGAAAUCAACGGCCCUGAAGCUCCUAACCCAGCUUACCGAGGUCAGGCCGUCGCAAGAUCCCACUCUAGUGGGCUUUUCAAGACCUUUAGCAAAUCGAUACCAUGGGCUCAUGCCCGAGACUUCCAAAGGCCCCAGAAUAAUCCAAGUGACGACAAGAACACGGAGAGCGAUGGCAGUGAAAGCGAAGCUGAUAGUGUAGGGUUAUGA